AUGAAUAUUAAAUAAUUGUUUGAACUUUAAGAAUAAGAUGCUGACAAAUUGCCAUUGUUAUUACAAACAAUAUCACAUUCCAAGAAUGAGGGAUAUGUCCUUAAAGCAAUAAAUAUAAUUUAAUAAUCCAAUCACACUUUCAAUCCUGUAAUGAAAAUUAUCUUAAAUUUAAGAAUCAAUAACUGAGUAUUAUUGACUUUAUAAAUGCAAUCAAAAAAGAAUAUGAUAUUGCCAUAGACAUCAAAUUAAUAUCAACAUUGCUUCACAUAAUUGAUAUUAAUUGGAUGUAGAAUUGUACAAAAGUAUUUAUUUUAAAUAUUCUCAAAAAAAAUAGCUAUUCAAUUUAUUUCUAACGUACACAAUCUCAGACAAUUCAAUUAUUUAAUAAUCUGCAAUCUAGGGAAUACUCUUAAUUGUCUCACUUAUAUAAUAAGAUUAAUUAUUAGAAUAUUUGGAAAUCUUUUUUUUAAUCCUCCAAGAUAAAAAUUAAACAAAAAUAAACAGUAGUUUAAACUCUAUUCUUUGUAAUUGAUUUUGUAAUUUAGGCAAGGAUAUCUUCAUUAUUUUACUAAAAAAUGGUAGAACACUCAAAAAUUAGGAUUUCUAUAUUUCUAAGGUUUAUAAUUAUUUAUUAUCCUUAGAUAUAUAGAUGUAAUCAAAUCAAUUAUCAAGUAUUAUAUGUUAAUUAAUUAGAAAUAAAUUCUGUUUUAUUGAUAUCAACAUAUAUCUUAUUGAUGGAAGAUCAUAUAUAAUUGCUAGAUUAAAUAAUCAAUUUAUACACAAAAUCAUAAUAAAAAGACAUUUUAAAAAUUGCAAUUCAUGA